CCUAAAAGCAGACAACAGGAUCGUCCUGCGCUGACGCGGCUGGUCGGCAGGAAGCGGCUGGUGGCAGCGGGGGUCCUGGGGGUCGUUAUGGUACUGGUUUUGGUCAUUCUCAUCCCGGUUCUAGUCAGCUCAGCGGGGACAGCUGCACACUACGAGAUGCUCGGUACUUGUAGGAUGGUGUGUGACCCAUACGGCACCAAAUCUCCAACCAGCACUGCCACAGCCGAUACCGUGCGCGACAACAGCCUAAUGCAGUCUUUACCCACUUUUAUCCAAGGUCCGAAAGGAGAACCGGGCCGUCCGGGUAAGGUAGGGCCAAAGGGAUUGCCAGGUGAACAGGGACCACCCGGUCCAGCCGGCCCACCUGGUGAAAGAGGUGAACCCGGCAGACCCGGUUUACCGGGACCUCCGGGACCGAGCGGUGCUGCCAGUGCUAUUAGCGCGGCCACCUACAGCACCGUACCCAAGAUUGCGUUUUACGCAGGGCUGAAAAAACAGCACGAGGGUUACGAAGUACUCAAGUUUGACGACGUGGUGACCAACCUGGGAAACCACUAUGACCCGACCACCGGAAAGUUCACGUGUUCCAUCCCUGGGAUUUAUUUCUUCGCUUACCACGUCCUGAUGCGCGGAGGGGACGGCACAAGCAUGUGGGCUGAUCUGUGCAAAAACAAUCAGGUACGUGCCAGUGCCAUAGCCCAGGAUGCAGACCAGAACUACGACUAUGCCAGUAACAGUGCUGUUCUGCAUCUAGAGCCAGGAGAUGAGGUCUACAUUAAACUAGAUGGAGGAAAAGCUCACGGAGGCAACAAUAACAAGUACAGCACGUUCUCUGGAUUCAUUAUCUACGCUGAUUAAACUACAAUUACUACAUUUUUGCUUUCAAUUAUUGGC